GAUAAUAGUCAUCCACUGCCUAAUUUCGCUUUCAGUUGGUUGGACGACAAGGAUACCUAUGUGGCUGGAGAUAUCAUGAUCUUACAGGUUAAAGUCUUGGGAAACUAUGAAAGAGAUAAGUAUAAUUAUCCUUUCAAUCCCAACAUCUCUGUCAACGGUAAGAUGGGUAACAGUUCGUUCAUAUCUGGUCUCUCUUCUCAUUUCGACGGCGAUCCUAACACCUGGACGAUUUCUCUUGUUCCCAUCAUGGUUGGAUUGUUUAAUGUUCUUCUUACUGACGUCCACUUUAAAGUUCUCGACUCCUCUCUCCAUUUCAACGUUAAUCCAGGUGUAAUUUAUCCGCCUGCAUGUGUUGUCUCUUGGAUGAAUGAGAUUAAUGAAUUUGUUGCUGGAAAUAAGGGCACUGUACUCGUCCUCCCAAAAGAUGCAUUUGGAAAUAAUGCUUCUUCCUCUAAUCAAGGACCCGUUUCUUUUAAUCUCACUGUCUAUGCAUCUUAUGUUAACAACGGAUCCUUUGCAACUGAAUUUGGGUCUGCCCUAGUUGGAUGGAAUCCGUCUGGACUUAUCAGUAUUGAGUUUCAAGUUUUAUCAAGUGGUAAUUUCUUCCUUUCAGUUGAGGAGAGAAACCAAAGCUUGAAUGGCUCUCCCUUGCCAUUCAAAGUCAAUCCAGGCUUGUUAGAUAUGAAGAAUUGUGUUGCCAAGUGGAAGAGUGAUACACAAUAUUUUCAGUUGUUUUCUGUAAUGGAAACUUUUCUACACCAGAGAGAUCAAUAUGGGAACCUAGUGCCAGGAUUCUAUGAUUUUGAUAUUGAAGUUUUCGAGAAGGACACAAAUUUAUCCAUGCCAAUAUCUGAUUUGAAUUCUAAGGAGAUAGUGCCCGGAAUUAUGCUAUUUUCUUUCGGACUAACAGAACCGGGGAACUUCAAGUUGAUGAUCUCUGAUAACGAGCAGAAGAACUUCAUCUCCAAUAUGCCUUUCGAGUUUACAGUUUUCAUAGGAUAUUGCGAUGGGAGGAACAGUUUUGCAAAUGGAUCGGGUCUAAAUGAUUCUGUAGCUGGUGAAGCAUCAAUUUUUUCGGUUGUCUUGAGAGAUAGUUAUCAGUAUCCUUCUCCUAUCAAGUUAGAGUAUCUUCAAGUUGAUAUUGUGCACGAAUCUGGCAUUCAUAUAAAACCAGUCAUAUUUCAGAUUGACACUAAUUGGAAUUCUAGCUCUAACAUGUUUGAAAUCGUACACACACCUGAAAAGAGUGGGCUAUAUGCAAUAUCUGUGAUUUGUGGAAACAUCCCAUUAAAUGGUGGCCAUCCCUUCACAAAGAGAGUUCUUGCAGGAGACGUGGAUCUAUCUCUUUCUGGUGUGGUGAACUUUUCUUCUAAAGUGCCGAAGAUGAUAAAGAAUGAAAUAGUAGUGCGACUCAUGGAUUCGUUUUCAAACCCCAUCUUGUUACAGCAACCAAAACUGAAACUAGAAAUAUCUUCCAUAAACAAAUCUGAUUUCUCAUCCUGGAAUUUUUCAAAUAGUUAUGAUGGCAUGUACACUUCAUCUUAUCUGGUAAUGGAGAUUGGAACUUAUGAAAUAUGUGCUUCACUUGAUGGCCAACAUUUGUUGUCCUGUCCCUUUAGUGUGAAUGCUUACAAUGGUGAGUAUUUUCCCAAGGCUUACGACGAUGAAAUUUAUGUGCUGGAGGAUGAGUCGAUUGCUUUCAAUGUCCUUGACAAUGAUUACUUAGCUGGUAGCAAUGCAAGCAUCAUCCAUUUUUCAAAGCCAACUCGAGGCUCACUGCUUCAGUAUGGCCUCCAAUACAGGUAUACCCCAUACAGGGGCUAUGUUGGAAAUGAUUCAUUCUCUUAUGUAGUUUCUGAUGCAAAUGACAAUCUUGCCAAUGGCUCUGUAAAUAUAUCAGUCUUCAGUAUACCACCACAGUUAAUUUCCUUUCCCAGUCAGUUACAAGCAACUGAAGACGAAAUUACCCCUAAAUUUAGUGGUUUCCAAGGAUUUGAGAUUAUGUACUCAGACUUGACAAAGAAAAUUUCCAUUACUCUAACCGCCCAUCAUGGCAUUGUCUCUCUUUCUCCAAUACUAGUCCAGUUUUGGAAGACAAUGUGGGAUGAACUUUGCCUCAUGAAUAAUGGAGAUGGAGAUAGUAAAGAACUGACCAUAAUGGGAAGAUUAGAAGUUGUCAAUUAUGCCUUACAGUCAAUCCAAUAUCUGGGAAAAGAGAACUUCUGGGGUGAUGAUGUAAUCCAUGUAUCAACUUCGGAUGGAAACGGGGUGAAUGAUGUGGACAUUCCAAUUUUCGUGGAGCCAAUAAAUGACCCACCUUUCAUAAACGUCCCUAAGUUUAUUAUCCUGAAAAAGAGAAGCAGCAACAAUGAAGAUGGAUAUCUAAUCUUUGAAAGAGAAAGAGAUAACUUCAAUUUCUCAGUUGGAGAUCCAGACCUACUUUAUUUUUUUGGGAACAAAUCUGAGUUUCUGGUGAUGUUCUCUUUGGAAGUUGAUUCUGGAGUAGUGUCAACCAAUCUGCCAGCUGACCUCAUAAGUUCAACUGAACUGAAGCUUAAAGGCAGUUAUCAAUGGCAGUCACUUCAGACUUUUGUUACAAUCUCAAGACAUUUUACAGUUAAAGCUCGAGGGAUUAGGUUCCUCGGAACAGUUGAUAAUUGCAAUAGCAUUAUGCAAGACUUAUCAUACUAUCAGAGUGAAGAAGAAGGACAUGGUGGUGGUGCCAUGUUGACGGUGAAAAUAAAUGAUAUGGGAAACUACGGUUGCCAAACAUCAUUUUGCCAAGUGAAUAUGUCAGGGCCUCUUUUUGCCCAUGCUGACAUACAUCUCAUCAGAAGUAAACCAAUGAGUCCGUUUGCAGCUCAUUCUCUAGGGUCAGCAAUUGUGAUUGGAUCAAUAAUGGUGCUUACAUUUGGAGUAGUGCUGCUGUAUUUUAUAUGCAAAUGUUCAUUCCUCCUACUCGUUAACGGGAGAAAGAGACGAACAAAUUUAGACAUCCAGCCUAUUGCUUCCUCGAAUUCUCCACCACCACCACCGACAACCACCACCACAGCAGGGACUAUAACCAAGCUGCAGCCAACUCCCUUCCAACAGAGGUUACAAGGACAACUGAGAAAUGGAGAAGCCAGUAGUAGUAGUAGUAAAGGAGGAAAUCAAUCAUUCUUAUGAUCUUCUUCAUGAUCAUCAAUUCAAGUGUCUAUACUUUCAAGUUCCAGCUACCACAAACAUGCAGAUUUUAUUUAUAAAA